AUGAUGAUUCCAUUACGCUCUACUCCCGUAAAUAUUCACCCAAAUGCUCAAUGGAAACAAAAUGGUAUAACUGUGGCUGGAGGAAAUGGAGUAGGUAAUGCAAAAAAUCAACUGUGUUACCCAUGGGGUUUGUAUAUUGAUGAUGAUCAAAGUGUCUAUGUCACUGACACGUCCAAUCAUCGUAUUAUGAAAUGGAAACCGGAUGAGACAAGUGGUCAAGUGGUUGCCGGUGGAAAUAAACGAGGAAGUGGAAUUCAUCAGUUGUCUGAUCCAUACGAUGUGAUUAUCGACAAAGAUACUGAUAGUCUCGUAAUCUGUGAUGGUUCGAAUCAAAGAGUGGUUCGAUGGCCUCGUCGAAAUGGUACAUGUGGAGAAACAAUCAUUUCCAACGUUCAUUGUCGGAGUUUGACGAUGGACGAGAAUGGCUCUCUCUAUGUCACUGGCGCAGGAGAGGAUAAAGUAAGACGAUAUCGAAGAGGAGAAUCUCAAGAAACAGUGGUUGCAGGUGACAAUGGAAGUGGAGAUCGUCUCAAUCAACUCUCUUGCACAGAAUAUGUAUUCGUCGAUCAACAUCAUUCAGUAUACGUUUCUGAAUGGAAAAAUGAUCGUGUGAUGAAAUGGACAGAAGGUGCAAAACAAGGCACUGUUGUGGCUGGUGGUCAUGGACGAGGAAAUGGUCUCAAACAACUGGCAUGUCCUCGAGGCGUCGUUGUCGACCAAAUGGGCACUGUCUACGUGGCUGAUGCAGGAAAUGCUAGAAUCAUGCGAUGGCCCGAAGGAGCCACACAGGGAAGUGUUAUUGUUGGUGGAAAUGGUAUAGGAGGACAAUCCAAUCAACUACAUGGACCCGUUGGUUUAUCAUUCGAUCGAUAUGGUAAUCUGUAUGUCGCCGAUAACGGUAAUCAUCGAGUACAAAAAUUCAACCUGAAAUACAACGGCUGAUGACUAACCGAUUGACAUACCCAACCGUGGAAAAAUAGUGCGCCACACAAUAACUGCAUCGACAACUUCAAGUGCCAAUGAAAAUAAAAUAGUCCAAAAUACAAUAGGGUGUGGGUGUGUGUGUGGGUGUGGGUGUGUGGGUGUGGGUGUGGGUGUGUGGGUGUGGGUGUGUGGGUGUGGGUGU